AUGACAAAAGAUGAUUUUAAAACACUGACAAAUAUUUCACCAGCCCUGACAAAUGAGAAACUCAGCAAAUCUCUCAGUGACUGGUUCAAAGAUAGCGUUACUUUUACACAUUGGGAGUAUGUAAGCGAUACCGGCAAAGGCGAUUCUUACUUGAGCGAGGUCAUUCGGAUAAGAGUACACGGAGUGGCAACGAAUGGGACUGACAAGCACAUUCAGGUUGUGUUGAAGACUAUACCGAAAAAUGUAUGCAGACGCCUGACGUUCAGGAGUGAUGAGUUCUUUAAAAACGAGAUAGCUUUCUACGAGCGGGUGCUGCCGGUUCUACUAGACUUUCAGGCAACUUGGAACCCUAAAGAACCCUUCGAUAAGUACACGAGACUGUUCCUGGCACACUGCGACGGGGUCAAUGACGUCAUAUGCUUGGAGGACGCCACUCUCGAGAACUACGGAAGCUAUGCCUUACGCCAGGAGGGCAUUGACCUCGACCACUGUGACGUCACAGUCAAAACCCUAGCUCAGUACCACGCGCUGUCGUUCGCUUUAAAGGAUCAACGGCCCGAACAGUUCUCCGACAUCAGGGAGGAGAUCUUCGAGACAUACUACCACGCCAGGCUGUGGGAUUGGUACGGCCGCUUCUGGAGACGCAUCAGCGGCAUAGCAGUGGACGCCGUGGAAAAUGAGUAUCCCAACACAGUCUAUUUGGAGAAGGUCAAGCAAUUCGCGGUGCCGGAGCGAUACGGGGACAUGAUCGCCGCGGCAAAGGACUCCACCCACGGCGUUAUUUCCCACGGCGACUGCUGGACAAACAAUUUCCUCUACAAAUACCAGGAGGGUAGACCAGUCGCAGCGAAGAUAAUAGACUUCCAGUUGACAAGGUGCGCCAGUCCCGUUCUCGACCUGGCCUUCUUCAUCUACGCUUGCACCGACCAAGAGCUAAGAGAUAAGCAUUACGGACACCUGCUAAAGUACUACCACGAUGUCCUUUCGAACCAGAUAAGGGAUUUGGGCAGCGAUCCUGAGAAGGUCUACUCUUGGGAUACUUUUAUGGGCGAAAUAAAGAAAUAUUCCUACUUCGGGCUCGCGUUUAGUUUCGAGUCCACGCCCUUCAUCGUUUUGGCCCCAGAAGAUGCUGUCAAUAUGGACAUGGAGGGCGAAGAGAAACUAAACAUAGAAGACUUUUGGCAGAUUGGACCGUUCAAAACUAAAGAGGGAAGACUAAGGGAAGCCAACAAUGUUGUACAUGCUGUUGACCAUGGAUACAUA